AUAUUAUUGUCCUCCUCAGUGAUGGCGGCGUCGUUUCCUUCUCCUUCUGCAGCUAACAACAAAUGGUACUUUACCCGAGAGCAGAUCGAGAAUAGUCCGUCUCGCCGUGCUGGGCUGGAUCCAGAUAAAGAACUGUCAUAUAGACAGCAGGCGGCUAAUCUACUACAGGAUAUGGGACAACGACUAAAUGUGUCCCAGCUAACUAUCAACACUGCCAUCGUGUACAUGCACCGUUUCUACAUGGUCCAGUCCUUCACUCGCUUCCACCGAAAUGUGAUUGCCCCCGCCACCCUGUUCCUGGCCGCCAAGGUGGAGGAGCAGCCUCGCAAGCUGGAGCACGUGAUCAAGGUCACGCAUGCCUGCCUCAACCCCCAGGACCCGUCGCCAGACACCAGGAGCGACGCUUACCUGCAGCAAGCCCAAGACCUGGUCAUUCUUGAGAGCAUUAUCCUGCAGACCCUCGCAUUUGAAAUCACCAUCGACCACCCACAUACACAUGUUGUCAAGUGCACCCAGCUGGUCAGAGCGAGUAAGGACUUGGCCCAGACGUCAUACUUCAUGGCUACCAACAGUCUGCACCUGACGACCUUCUGCCUGCAGUACAGCCCACCCAUCGUGGCCUGCGUCUGCAUCCAUCUGGCCUGCAAGUGGUCCAACUGGGAGAUCCCAGUCUCCACCGACAGCAAGCACUGGUGGGAGUACGUGGACCCCACCGUCACCCUGGAGCUUUUGGACGAGCUCACACACGAGUUCCUGCAGAUUCUGGAGAAGACUCCCAGCCGAUUAAAGCGCAUUCGCAACUGGAAGGCGGCGGGUCAGACGGUGAAGAAGACGAAGGUCCAGGAGGAAGGAGACCAGACGGAGGCCAUGAUGAGCAUGAUCUCCAUGGCCUCGUCGGAGAGCACGCUGGCGGGGCUGAUGAGCCUCUCCGCGCCCUCCGGCUCCUCCUCCUCCUCGUCCUCCGCGGCCGCCCCGUCGCUCGGAGACAAGGAGCGUGGCGCCUCCCAGCACUGGCCGUCCGGCGCGAAGGCGGAGCCGGCCCAGAGCCAGGAGCUGAGCGCCCACGUGCCCGCCAAAGUGUCCCUCAGCGAGUACCGCGCCAAGAACGCCGACGUGCUGGCCGCCCAGAAGCGCAAGCUGGAGAACAUGGAGGCCAGCGUGAAGCGCGACUACGCGUCCGCGGCCCAGGCCCUAAUCGGCCAGCAGAGGAGGGAGAAGCACCAGCAGUUGUCCUCCUCCUCGUCCUCCUCCGGCCCUGACCCCAACCCCUCCCCGAUCGUCCUCAAGAUCCCCCUGGAGAAGGAGAGGCAGGACCGGAGCUCGCUGAAGGUGCGCCUGCCACUGGGGUCCGGGGGCGGGCACGGCGGGGCGGGGGGCGGCGGGGGCCGGACGGGGGAGGACUUCAAGGUGCGGAUUCGGGUGCCGGAGAGACGGGCGGGGGCGGGGGAGGAGGGUAAGAGCCGGGACAAGCACAGGGACCGCUCAAACCACCACCAUCAUCACCACCACCAUCAUCACCACCACUCCUCCUCCAGCGGGUCCUCCUCCUCCUCCUCGCACAAACACUCGGGCGGCCCGGGGGCGGGCGGGGGGGCCGGUGCCGGCAAAAAGGCGUCAGCCGACUCCUCCAGGACCGCUUCCUCGUCUUCCUCCUCCUCCCGGAAGAGGCCCCACCCAGAGCCCUCUGCAGCCGCCCACCCCCCGAAAGCCAGCAAGUCCUCCAGGAACUCGUACCAGCUCCCCCCCAUGCCCGGACCCCCCGCCCACCCUCUGAGCCUGGGGCACGACAGCCUGCCCUCCGGGGGCCUGGCCCACCACCAGGGCCCGUACGCCCACUCCAAACUGGACAAGGCCGACACCAACGGGCACAACGCGUCCGGGGGCCAGUCCAACGAGUACCAGGACACCUUCGAGAUGCUCAACUCGCUCCUGAGCGCCCAGGGGGUGCAGCCCUCGCAGGGCUCCAUGUUCGACUACCGCACCCCCUAUGGAGAGUACCCCCGCUACCCCGGGGGCUCGCGGGGCGGGGGGUCCCGGCCCCCUCCGCUCCCCACGGAACCCCCGCCCCCCCUGCCCCCCCUCCCCAAAUGAAGACUGAACCCUGAAUGCGGAGGGCAGAGGGCCAGGUGACCUUCUCGCAGGUGAGCUGUGCCUAUGUGUACGGCCACCCUGUCCUGUACGCACCGCCUGCCACUCCGCUUGACAGCAGAGCAUUGUACCACUCACUUUUGUUUUAAGCCUAUUUUUAUUGCCUUUUUUUUUUUGUUUGGUUUUUUUUUUGUUUUACACCCCCCCCUCCCCCCCACCACCCAAAUCUGUGGCAAUAAUGAAUAAUGCUUUAAAAACCUUUAAAAAAGACAAAAGAAGGAAAACAAGAACAGAGACAAUUAUGUAUUAAAAUAAAUGUAAAUACUAUUUUUCAUGUCAUUCAGGUUGUUGUAAUAUAUAUUUGAACUGAAAGUCUUUUAACGGAGUGACAGAGAACCAGGGCCACUUAUUGCUGGUGAGAAAAAUAUGUUUCAUAUAGUUUUAAUAGAUUCAACGCAUGGGAGGAAAAUGUAAACUUGUAUCUCUUUAUUUGUAAAAUUCUGCUAACAUCGAUUUUAAUAGCAAUCUCAUGGUUUCUGAAUGUUUUUAAAAAAAAGUAUUUAUUUUUUAUUCCUUUUAAAGAAUUUGUAGCACUUGUUUGGAUGCUUACCGGUUAUUAAUACCAUUUUUUAUUUGUUUCCCCCGGACGUCUUUCCUUGUUGUCGACUUUGGGUCAGAAGAAAAGAUUGUGUAUCCUGGUACUCUAAAUAUUUUACCUUUUCAACAAAUAUUUGGGCUCACGGUCCCCUAGUACUCUCUGCUGUUAUUUCUUCUGUUCUUUGAGAGGGUUUUAAUUGCUUUUAACAUUUGAAGUUUUAAUUUUCAUUUUUUCCCCCCCUCUGUAAACAUCAGUGUUUUCUAUUCUGUAAAUGUGGAAUAACUAAGCAGGUGGAUAUAAAGUAUUUUUACAUUUUGUAAAAAAAAUAUAUAUAUAUAUAUGUACAUUAAAAAGGUUGUAUUUUAGUUUGUAGUUUUACAAUGUGACGCAGUCAUUGUUUUAAAUGGUUGUAAAAAUGCUACGACACUCCAGCGAUUAAAUUAAUGGGCAGAAUUAUUUCUACCAUCUACAUUUCAAAUGCAAACCAUGCCAGUAUCAGGGUGAAGUGUAUAUUAUUUUAUUUUUUCAUCACUUUUACUAGAAUCCAAAAACCUUGUUCCCGCCACUGUGCAGCCGCCCUCCCUCCUAAAUGGGACAUGUAGGACGCACAGAGGUUCUGACCUUGUGACCCUGAGUAACAAGUCUUUAAACGUUUGCGUCCUCUUGCCUUGGGAGUCCUGCUCACUGCCUGCCCGUUCUGACUUCAGAGGCACGGUCAGUCGCAGAGUCAGGGGCAGACCCCAGGGGAGUCUUGUGUAGAAGAAUGUGUACAGUACCAUUGAUUCACCAGCGCCGGCUGUACCCUGCGUUUUAUCCAGACCCAUUGCUCUUGUAUUAAGAUCCAUGUGAUUAAAUGGCUCGUCUAUAAAACAACAGAAAAAAUUAAAAGGAUAAGAAAACCCUCCCAUGAUGUUUCCUGUUAUGACAUCGUAUGUUUUAUUUUGUUUGGAAAUUCAUGUAAUCCUGACUAUUUAAUCAUGUUUUACACUGCACAUAUUUUGGAUUUAGGAAAACCCAUUGAUAGAUUUUUAUUUUUAUUAGAUUUUUUUAAAAUUUUGCUUUCUGCAUUUAUAAAGUUUGUUUUGUUUUACCACUUUGUUUUUUGUUUUUUUUAUUCAGUUUUUUUUUUUUGUUUUGUUUUUUUUGUCAUGAUGGUUCCUUUUGAAGUUUACCAAAAUGAUGAACCCAACUGUUGCAUGUUUGUUUAGACUCAUGGCCUGUUUGUGGCAUCAGUGAUCCGUAACUGCUGUUCAUUGAUUAGCUCACUGGAACAUGGAACAGGGAUCAUUAUGCUUUUGUAGUUAAGGUUCUCCGUCUGAAAUUAAAAUUAAGGGAAUUACUUCAAACAAUGUUAUUUGGAAUGAGCAUUAUUUUAAGGUAUCAGUUUCCCUGUAACUGAUGCCAAUAUGUUUGCAUGUUCCCUUCCAUUGGUUGAAUGAGUGCAAUUUGGGUGCCUGAUUCCAUCCACAGCUCCCGUUCUGUGCAAUUGUCACUUGGGUUGGUUCUGAUGGGAUGCGUCACUUGUUGGCUUUGGUUAUUAUUAGGUUUUUUUUUAUGUACAUUUUUUAAUGUACUCCAUGCAUUCAAGUAGACCAUUCGUUAAGCGAACCACUCCAUAGAAACGGACGUGGUAUGGUUUUCGCCACUGAAAGGUCAUUUUUCUGAACUGCAGUGAAAGGCCCAGGGCUUUGCUGCGUUGCUGGGGGGGAGCAGUGAUGUUCCUGUGGGCCGGGCCCAGGCUUUCAUCCUGUCCUCAUGCAAAUAAUCCUGUUUGGGGCCUGAUCCGGGCAGGCGGGAGCAAACGCCAUUUUGGGUUUGGUCCUCUUGUUUAGGACUUGAUCAGUGAUUAAAUUAAAUGAAACCCCCAGGGUCAUCCUUUUUGUUUUUAUUUUAGUCCACUUUAUUUUAGUCCAUUUUGUUUUUGUUUUAAAAAAACAUGGUCUUAAUGUAUUUGUGUGAUUCAUGCAUCCCUGUAGUUCACAUAUCUGUGUAAGCCCCGCUAUGGGCAUACUAAAAGCAAAAAAAUAUGGUGUGAAAUAUGGUGUAGGCUGAAGGGAAAGCGAUGUCAAUGUACUGGAUCUGAUGCACAUUCAUAUUCAUCUUCUCUCCAUAAUUUUCUUUCUUUGGGUAAUUGGUUACAUUUGGAGAGGAAUGUUUUGUGAGCUGUACAUACAUUUUUGUAUGUGUUUAGUGGUAUCAGGUGAACUCAGGUUUGGAAAUUGAUUGUUUUUAGGGAGGAUUCUUGUAUAUUUCAAGUAAAGCUACAGUUUACAUAUCUGUGCUUUUUUUUUUUUCUUGUGUUUUUGUGAACACAGUUCCUUUCUUAAAAUGUGGAUGAUUUGACUCACGUGUAAAUAAAUGUUUUAAAAGAAA